UUUAUAAAAGUCCGGCUUCGGCCAGAAACUUCAGUCUGUUUGACCGUGGCAGCAGGUAGCAAAGUGACCCUGAGGAUUUGGGUGCUCCGGUAGCCACCGCGGCUGGAGAGCAAGCGAUUACCAUGGACGGGAUCCAUCUGUACCCAUCCGAUAACUACACAGAGGAGGACUUGGGCUCAGGCGAUUAUGAUUCCAUGAAGGAACCCUGCUUCCGGGAGGAAAAUGCCCAUUUCAACCGUAUCUUUCUGCCCACUGUCUACUCCAUCAUCUUCUUGACUGGCAUAGUGGGCAAUGGAUUGGUCAUCCUGGUCAUGGGUUACCAGAAGAAACUGAGAAGCAUGACGGACAAGUACAGACUGCAUCUGUCGGUGGCAGACCUCCUCUUUGUCCUCACACUUCCCUUCUGGGCAGUUGACGCUGUGGCAGACUGGUACUUUGGGAAAUUCCUGUGCAAGGCUGUCCAUGUCAUCUACACGGUCAACCUCUACAGCAGUGUCCUCAUCCUGGCCUUCAUCAGUCUGGAUCGGUACCUGGCCAUUGUCCACGCCACCAAUAGUCAGAGGCCUAGGAAGCUGUUGGCCGAAAAAGUGGUCUAUGUUGGCGUCUGGAUACCUGCACUCCUGUUGGCUAUUCCCGAUUUCAUCUUUGCCAACGUCAAAGAUGGGGAAGACAGGUAUAUGUGUGACCGCUUCUACCCCAAUGACGUGUGGUUGGUGGUGUUCCAGUUUCAGCACAUCUUGGUUGGCCUUAUCCUGCCGGGCAUCGUCAUCCUAUCAUGCUAUUGCAUUAUUAUCUCCAAGCUGUCCCACUCCAAGGGCUACCAGAAGCGCAAGGCCCUCAAAACCACAGUUAUCCUCAUCCUGACUUUCUUUGCCUGCUGGCUACCUUACUACAUCGGCAUCAGCAUCGACUCCUUCAUCCUCCUGGAAAUCAUCAAGCAAGGAUGUGAGUUUGAGAGCACUGUGCACAAGUGGAUUUCCAUCACCGAGGCCCUCGCCUUUUUCCACUGUUGCCUGAAUCCCAUCCUCUAUGCCUUCCUUGGAGCCAAAUUUAAAACCUCGGCCCAGCAUGCACUCACCUCUGUGAGCAGAGGAUCCAGCCUUAAGAUCCUCUCCAAGGGAAAGCGGGGUGGACAUUCUUCGGUUUCAACUGAAUCUGAGUCUUCAAGUUUUCACUCCAGCUAACACUGAUAUAAAAGACUUUUAUACAUUAAAGAACUUUUUUCUUAAGUUACACAUUUUUUCCAGAUAUAAAAGACUGACCGAUACUGUACAGUUUUUAUUGACUAUUGGAGUUUUUUCUUGUGUUUCUUUAGUUUUUGUGGUUUAAUUGAUUUAUUUAUAUAAAUGUUUUUUUGUUUCAUGUUGAUGUGUGUCUAGGCAGGACCUGUGGCCAAGUUUUCAGUUGAUAUAUGUCUCGUUGGACUAUAGAAAAGGGAACUGAACAUUCCAGAAUUACGUGUAGUGAAUCACUUAAGCUAGCAAUGAUCCUCAGCUGUUUGUGCAUAAAUAAUCUCUUCAUUCCAGUAGAACAUUUUCUUUUUCCUGUUAUUAAGUUGUUUGGUUACACUAUGUGAUUUUGGCUGUAGAAGAUAGCACUUAGAACCAAAACCUGAAGUGGUAUAGAAAUGCUAUUUUUUUCAGUUUUGAGGAAUGGGGUGAUUUCAGCACAUGCAAUGUACAGUCUUGUAUUAAGUUGUUAAUAAAAGGCCUGAAAAACUUA